AUUUCAAUUUUCCAUGUUAAAUCUCAUCAUGGGUAAAGUGAUUUACUUUAUCGGUUUAUCCCAAAGAUGCAGUCAUCUCGAAAAGGCAAUGGCUUUCUUCACUUGGCUCUCUCGUGCCCGAUCGUCUUGUAAACCCAGCAAAUUCUUUCAAAACUCCUUCGUUCAGUCCAAUCACACUGCUCGAUCUCAAUUUCAAUCUCAAUCACACAUUCUAGAGAACACCAUCAUAGUCAACUCGAACAACAGCAACAAACAAUCAUGGAGGACUUCUUUGCUUCCGAUUGUUCUCGCCGUCUCCGGCGGCUCACUUGCACUCCAGUUACAGAAAAACCCAUCACUAUGCGAUUCCCCUAAUCUCCAGGAAAGAAGUGGGCGUAUUGGGGUCAAAGAUAGCACGGAGCGUGUUGUGAAGGGCUCGUAUAAGCCAGUCCCACCCGAGCUCAUCACUGAACUCAAGGCCAUAUGUCAAGAUAACAUGACAUUGGAUUAUGACGAAAGAUAUUUCCAUGGGAAACCACAAUACAGCUUUCACAAGGCAGUCAAUAUCCCGGAUGUUGUUGUGUUUCCAAGGUCUGAAGAUGAAGUGUCUAAGAUUGUCCGAUCUUGUAACAAACAUAAGGUCCCUAUUGUACCUUAUGGUGGAGCUACAUCAAUCGAGGGUCACACUUUAUCUCCUAAUGGAGGUGUCUGCAUUGACAUGACCUUAAUGAAAAAUGUUAAAGCAUUACAUGUUGAAGACAUGGAUGUUGUUGUUGAACCUGGGAUUGGAUGGAUGGAGCUUAAUGAAUACUUAGCACCUUAUGGUCUAUUCUUCCCUCUUGACCCUGGACCUGGAGCAACCAUUGGAGGGAUGUGUGGGACACGUUGUUCUGGUUCUUUAGCUGUUAGAUAUGGAACCAUGCGUGACAAUGUCAUCAAUCUAAAGGCUGUCUUAGCUGAUGGAGAAGUUGUUAAAACAGCAUCUCGUGCUCGAAAAAGUGCUGCUGGAUAUGAUCUUACACGGCUGAUGAUUGGAAGUGAAGGCACGUUGGGUGUGAUAACAGAAGUUACAUUGCGUCUACAAAAAAUUCCAGAACAUUCAAUUGUGGCAAUGUGCAAUUUUCCUACAGUCAAAGAUGCAGCUGAUGUGGCAAUAGCAGCUAUGUUAUCUGGCAUACAAGUGUCAAGGGUGGAGCUGUUAGAUGAGGUUCAAGUGAAGGCUGUUAAUCUUGCUAAUGGAAAAGACUUACCUGAAUUUCCAACUUUGAUGUUUGAAUUUAUCGGCACAGAAGCAUAUACACGUGAACAGACACUUAUAGUUCAAAAGAUUGUAUCGGAGCAUCGUGGGUCCGACUUUGUUUUUGCAGAAGACCCACAAGCUAAAAAGGAACUUUGGAAGAUAAGGAAAGAAGCUCUGUAUGCCUGCUUUGCAAUGGCACCUGGUUUUGAAGCAAUGACAACAGAUGUAUGUGUUCCCUUAUCACAUCUUGCUGAAAUAAUUUCUAAAUCUAAAGAAGUUCUAGAUGCUUCAUCACUGCUGUGCACGGUGAUUGCUCAUGCUGGAGAUGGUAACUUUCACACAGUGAUUUUAUUUGAUCCAGCAGACGAUGAACAACGUAAGGAGGCUGAAAGAUUGAAUAAUUUUAUGGUUCAUGCUGCUUUAUCAAUGGAAGGUACAUGUACUGGAGAACAUGGCGUGGGUACUGGGAAAAUGAAGUAUCUUGAGAAAGAACUUGGAACAGAGAAUUUGAGGACGAUGAAAAAGAUAAAGGCUGCUUUGGAUCCUAAUGGCAUUAUGAAUCCAGGAAAGCUUAUUCCACCUCAUAUUUGCUUUGCCGACCCCCUACGGGCCCUUGAUUUCCGCGUGAAAAAUCGUUCAAGGGUCCAGUUGUCGAAUCUUCGAUCGCCUGCGGCGACUGUAGUCAAAUGGUGUGAUUGUGGAUCUGAUUGUUGUUCUGCAAAACUUGACAAUAUUGGGCCAUGGAUACGCACUACUAAAAGAAAAGUUGAUGAGAUAGAUGACAAUAAAUUCAUCAUACCCGGUCUUUCAAUUCCACAAGUGGCUCGUGUUGACAUUGGAAAUGAAUGUGCUGCUCUUCGAGAGAUGGUUAGUAACCAACAACAAACAAUUCAAGAUUUGUCAGAUGAACUGGAUGAGGAAAGAAACGCAGCUUCCUCAGCUGCUAAUGAGGCCAUGUCAAUGAUCUUGAGGUUACAGAGUGAAAAAGCUGAAAUCCAAAUGGAAGCCCGCCAAUUCAAACGCUUUUCAGAGGAGAAGAUGGCUCAUGAUCAAGAAGAGCUCAUGGCAAUGGAGGAUUACUUGUAUGAAAAAGAACAGACCAUACAAGCUUUGACUUGUGAGGUCCAUGCAUAUAAACACAGGAUGCUGAGUUUGGGUCUCACAGAAUCUGAAAUAGAAGGGGACAACAAUGGUUUACCACUCAUUAAUGGCAGUGAAGCAAACUUAGAGAACCAAUUUGAGUAUAAUUACCCUCCUCUAAAAUGCAGUGUGAAUGAACAUCAUGGUGAAACAGAAGUUGAGAAUGAAACAGCUGAUAUAGAAGAAAGGAUUGAUGAAUUGGAGAGAAGUCCUAAGCAUAGUCCAGUACGCGAGAUAUAUACUGUUGACACUAUUCGUAAUGAUGCAUCUUUUGAUUAUGAUCCGAAGGCUAAUCUUGCUACAUAUGAUGAUCUUAAUGUUUCUAGAAAUGAGUCAUCAUAUGGUGGUAUUGGGGAUACAGAUGUUAAGAAGUUGUAUGCAAGGCUUCAUUCACUUGAGGCAGAUAGAGAAUCCAUGAAGCAGGCACUCAUAUCCAUGAGGACUGAUAAAGCACAAUUGGUAUUGUUGAAAGAAAUUGCUCAACAUUUGUAUAAAGACAUGGCACCACCACCAAGCAGGAUGCCUGUUAAGAAGCCAUCCAUAUUUAGGAAAUUUUCCUUUAUCAUGCUGUUCAAGUGGAUUGCAUCAUUUCUUUUUUGGAGGAGAGCACAUCGAAGCAAAUACAUGUUUGGUAUGUCAGCGAACAAUGUGGGAUUGCGAAUGGUGAUAGACAAAGGACCUCAGAUAGGGCAAUGGAGGUGUCUUUCAAGAACGCGGUUCUUGAAAUAUUGAUCUCUAGUUUGGAGUUUAAACCUGGUUUGAACAUCUACAUCACACUUUGAUUUUUAGUUUUUUUUCUUAGAAAAAAUUCCGAUUAUUUUCUUCUUAUGGUAUUUCUUGGUGAAGUGGGUUUGCAUAUGAUUUGUUGAGAAUUGGAGUGGUUUACAUGUUGCUUAGUGUUGUGGAUACAUAUGUAGUGGUAGGAGAUUGCUGGCUUGUAAGAUUGCAAUGUUUGAUGCAUGAAUAUAAUGUGGAAAUUAGAUUGUGUUUGUUCAAUUGGAUCCUUGGAAAUGUAAAAGAGG